AUGAGAUCGAACACAAACACAUCACUUACCAUUUCAGAAGUAGUAGACGGUUAUAAAUAUCCUACUGAAGAUUUAAUUCCAUUAAAAAAUUUAUUAGAUACAUGGGAUAUGGGAUGUGUGUAUCAAACAUGUAUUGAUAAUUUAAUUAGUUUAAAAGCUCUUACUUACACUAAGCCAGAGGAUGCUAAUAAGUUGCUAGAAAAAUUCCCAUUAGGAAUCUCUAUUUCAUUUCGCCAUGAACUUGAAAAAUGGCAAAAAUGCAGUGUAAAUAUUAAUGAAAAUAAUUCUUUAAAAAAUGAUUCUAAUCAAAGGAUACUAAAUGUCCCAUUAACUUCUGAAGAAUCUUUAUCAAGGCAGUCAAAAUUACCUUCUAUAAUAAUAAAGGUUGAUGAAAUAUUGAACUCCUCUCCACAAGGACAUUUGAUAAUUGACUAUUAUAGGACAAAUAACAAAUUAAAUGAUGGGAUAAGGACUACAUUAGUAGAUAUAGUGAUUGGAUAUAUUAUUAGUAAUAAUAUACAAAUGUCAGUUAGUGUAGCAGAAUCAUUGUCAAAUCAAAUUGUUGCAAUGUUUUCCUCAGAAAUAAAGGAUAUAUAUUUUUUGAAAGUUGGAUCAAAUAAAAAUCCUAAAGGAAAGUUGUAUGCUAAGUUCUACAAUGCCACGAGGACUUUAAAAAAUAAUGGACUAGUCACAACUUCUGCAGCCAAAACUAAUAGAAUAGAACAAGGAAACGAUGAAUCAAGAAAUGGCAAAACUUGGAUAGCAAGAGAUUUCAUAUCAGAAAUGAAUAUAGAUCCAAUAUUAGAUAUUUUGAAACAUAGUUCAACUUCAUAUCCUGAAUUGGAGUUAAAUUGGAAAUCUACUGUAAAUUACCGCCUAAAUGACAUAAAAAAAUCAAUAUCAACAGAAGAAAUUUUCAAAAAUUGGAUACAAUAUUUGAUUCCAUAUGAACAUAAAUUAAUUGAUAUUGACUAUAGUGCCAUAUUCCCUGAUCAAAAUGUUUAUUUUGAAUUUGAAAAAAAAUCAAGAAAAAUUUACAACAUUCUAGAAGAAAAGGUGAAGGAUUCUAGUUGUCUUAAAAUAUUAGGUCAAAUAAAAGAUGGCAACAAUUUAAAUGAAAAUGUAAAAAAUGCAGCAUUGAUGUAUUUAUUACAUGGUAUGUUUGCACCAACAUCUAAAAAAGUGACAAAAGAUGACAAUGGUAGAAAAAACCUUAUUAAGUUCUCAAUUAAAGAUUCACAAGAAUGUUUCAUUAUGUUUGGAGAAACUGUAGAAAUGAUGGAAGCUCAUCUUGAAAAACUUAAGCAACAGGGUAAUCCUAUACAACCAUUUAUACUUGUCGUUGGAUCUAUUUUUAAUAUUAAAGAAAUAUUAGUUUAUUUUGAUUCUGUUAAGUAUAAGGUACAUUCAAUUUUAAGAUCAAUUGAAGUCUGUUAUAAAAUAUUUCAAUUAUUUAAUCUACAAUAUCCACCAGAAUCAUCAGUAGUAUGGUUAUUUAUUCAAAAAUAUUUUUUUAAUUACUCUUCAAUUUAUGAUAUACCUCACCCUAAACUUACUCAAAUAUUAAAUGAAUUAAAUUAAUGUUUGUGAUUGUUUUAUAUUAUAUUUACUAUUAUCAUUAUGUA